AUGCUCCACAAAACCGCCCUCCUCGCCUGCGCGGCCACGGUGCCGCUGGUGUCGGCCCAGGUGUCGAACGACUUCGAAAGUGGCUGGGACAAGUCUGCGUGGCCAAUCUACGCCCCCGACUGCAACCAGGGCGGCAGCGUGACGCUGGAUUCGACGACGGCGCACAGCGGCAAGAACUCGAUCCGUGUUGACGGUGCGGGGGGUUACUGCGGGCAUGUGUUCGUAGGCACGACGCAGGUCCCUAGCGGGGACCUCUAUGUCCGGACGUGGCUGAAAGCCUCCAAGGCCCUAACCUCCUCCCACGUCUCCUUCAUCACCAUGCCCGACCCGGCACAAGGCAGCAACAAGCACCUGCGCAUCGGCGGCCAGUCGCAGAUCCUCAUGUACAACCGCGAGUCCGACGACGCCACCCUCCCCGACCUCUCCCCUCAAGGCAUCGCCGCAUCCACCGCCCUGCCCACCGGCUCGUGGCAGUGCUUCGAGUACCACGUCGGCACCGACGGGUCCAUCGAGACCUGGCUCAACGGCAACGCCAUCGCCGGCCUGACCAGCAAGCCCGGCGACGGCAACGCCAACGCGGCCCAAUGGCAGCGCAGCUCCAUCAAGCCCAAGCCCUCGGGCGUGUACUUCGGCUGGGAGUCCUACGGCGGUGACACCAACACCUUCUGGUACGACGACAUUGUCAUCAGCUCGUCGCGCGUGGGCUGUGACGGAGGCUCGACUACCCCGCCGGUGUCGUCCUCGCCUGGCACGCCGGGCACGACCCUGACGACCUCGACGACUAAGGCCCCGGGGACGACUACCACCAAGCCCCCCGCGACAACGACGACGGCUACCACCCCGACUUGCACCGCCGCUCAGUGGUCGCAGUGUGACGGCAUUGGGUACACAGGGUGCAAGACGUGUGCCGCGCCGUACACGUGCAAGUACUCGAGCGACUACUACUCACAGUGCUUGUAG